CCGCAAGGGGCGCUCGGGAGCCAGCCUCGGGACCGCGCGCCGAUUGGCUCCUCGGGAAACAGAUGCGACCUCUUGUUCAGGCCGGCUGGCGUCCGACCUGUAGUGUGGGUUCCCAGGCUGCGUACUUUAGUUAGUUUUCAGGACUGUCCGUAGAUAACCGCCACCGCGGGUUUGGAGCUCCCGGAGAGUUCUUCCUUAACAGCAGUCCGUCUUCUUUCACUUCAAGACUGAAGCUCGAGGAACUCACCAUUUGGCUGAAAUAGAGACAAGAUUUCCCAAACUUUCGUCGGAGGAAAAAGAAAAACAAACCUAACGGCGAAGGAGAGAAUUUCUAAAGGUUUGGAUACUUAAAGAAGAUUAUUUGAAGGCUCCUUUUGGAAUCAAAUAGCAUGGAUCCCAGCAGUGACUACCAUUUCCUCAACCAGAUUUUGUGGAGAAGAGUGAAACUCACAUUGGUUUGUGGCGUCUUUGAGGGAGUGCUCCAGCAUGUGGACCCUAACAAGAUUGUUGUCCUGAAGAAAGUGAAGAAUGUGGAGACUGAUCAAAGUGUCCCAGGAGUGAAGAUGUUUUUUGGACACGAGAUUGUAAAUGUGGAACUACUGGAUGAAGAAGAACAAGGUGCAGUAAGAGAAAAGGCAUCUUCUGUUAGUCUAAAUACAGAAAGAAACAGGAUGGAUACAAUAAAAGAUGAAGACCUAAAUAUAUAUAAGGCUGCUUCUCCUGCCUCUGAGGCACCAACCACCUCUCUGCUAAAUGACCUCAAGUACAGCCCAUCAGAGGAAGAGGAGGUGACAUACACAGUCAUUGAUCAGUUCCAGCAGAAAUUUGGUGCUGCAAUGCUCCACAUCAAGAAGCAAAGUGUCCUGAGUGUGGCAGCAGAAGGAGCUAAUGUGUGUCGUCAUGGGAGACUAUGUUGGCUUCAGGUGGCCACAAAUAGCCGAGUUUACUUAUUUGACAUUUUCCUUCUGGGAAGUCGUGCUUUCAUCAAUGGACUUCAGAUGGUAUUAGAAGACAAGAGAAUUUUGAAGGUUAUCCAUGAUUGUCGUUGGCUUUCUGAUUGCCUCUCUCAUCAGUAUGGAAUUUUGCUGAAUAAUGUCUUUGACACCCAGGUAGCAGAUGUCCUUCAAUUUUCCAUGGAAACAGGCGGCUUUCUUCCAAACUGCAUUAGUACUUUACAGGAGAGUUUAAUCAGACACCUUAAAAUAGCCCCUAAAUAUCUCUCCUUUCUGGAAGAGAGACAAAAACGGAUUCAGGAAAACCCAGAACUAUGGUUCACACGACCUCUUUCACCCUCUUUGCUAAAAAUUUUGGCCCUGGAAGCUACCUACCUGCUCCCGCUUCGCUUGGUACUCCUAGAUGAAAUGAUGUCUGAUCUAACUACCCUGGUGGACGGGUACCUAAACACCUACCGAGAAGGGUCUGCAGACUGGCUGGGAGGCAUGGAGCGUACCUGUAUGGAGCUCCCAGAGGAACUGCUUCAACUGAAGGACUUCCAGAGACAGCGCAGAGAGAGAGCUGCAAAAGAAUAUAGAGUAAAUGCACAGGGACUCCUAAUAAGGACAGUACUACAUCCAAAGAAAUCUAUGACAGAGACAGCAGGGAAAGAGGGAAAAGUAAGAGGUUUCUUACUUUGUAAAAAUUCUAGGCUAGGUAAAGCUCCAAAUUUUACAUCUCACAAGGAUGUAAAUUUGCUAAAAGAAGAAUCUAAGAGUAAGCAAACCACAGCGGAACCUCAACAUCUACCUCCCAUAAAGGAAGAAGUCAGUGAAGAUUCCAGUAACAAACGAAUUUGCCCUGAGUCAGAGGGGUUUAAGGACCAGAGAAUAACUCAAAAAGAAUACCUCAAGAUACCUAAACAAGAGUUUCAGACAAAUUUAUCUUUAAAAGAGGAGAUAGAACAGUUACUGAUGGUGGAAAACAAGGAAGAUCUAAAAUGUACAAAACAAGAUGUUUUAGUGUCUCCUUCCCUUCCUCAGGAAACCAGAGUGUCUCCAAGUGACAUUUUUCAUCCUUUUAGAAAAGCUGUGCUUCCCACACUUCCUCCCUGCCCAGUUUUGGAGAAGACUGAUUCCUGGAUAAAUCCAGAUUCUCCCAAUUUGCCUUAGAGAUCUGCAGUUUGUUCUUGAGGCCAAUAAAGGUGGCUUAUUUCCUCUGCCAUCAAGGCCUUCCUCAGUGCUUAAGUUUCUUGUAUUGUAAAUUAGUCACAGGCUUUGGGGGAAAUUAUAUCCUUUUGCUUACUCCUAUAUUCUUGGAAUUUGAUUAGGAUGGGGAUGAAUAAGUUAAAGAAUGGAAGAAGUAAAUGUUCUGAUUAUGUCACUGUGUAGAAAUGUUCCCUGUGGCCAGACUGAAUUAUUUCUCGUAGUUUGGGUUUAAAGGAUUUGAAGAAGGGAAAAAUUUUGGACUUAGUGUCUGGAAGAAUCUAUACUUAAAAUUUUUUGUUGUUUUUUCUGAU